UACCCAGGGAGCUCCCACACUGCAGCGGCGCGGCCUCAAAAAGAAAUGGCAGCUCGUGCUGGAAAUCUUCUUCGCCUUGCUGCAAGACGCGUGAACGCUCCUGCUCUCCGCUCCUCCGCUCCUCUCAGAGGAGGCCACGAAGGACCCGAUCCCAACGCUCCUAAGUGGGAGCAGGCUGUGCGCAGCGUGUUGCGCAAGGACGAGCAUGUUGUCUUUGCUGUGAUUGGCUUCUGGGCUGUCGUGAUCUACGGCGCCCGCGUGUCAUUGAGGAGCGACGACGAUUGAGCAUGAGGAGGAGCCGAAGGAUGAGAAAGAACUUCUUUUGUUAAGACUCGAUAAAGCAGGAGGAACCUGA